AUGACUGAUAUUAACGAUUUAUCACCAUUUGUCGACAUUAUUUCAUCACUGUCAGGGGAUGCCUUUUACGACUUCGUUAAACAAUUUGUCGGUGCUGAUGAAGCUGAAAUUUUAAAGAUUCAACAAAUAAAAAAUACUCGAAUUUUAUUACGAGUACCGGACGUCUUUUCAUUUUUUGCGAUCAAAAAUUCUGCAAUAAACGAUUUAAAAGAACGAGCUUGUUUUGUUAAUGAAGAUAUGCAAUAUGUUGUGAAAGCAGGAAUUCAAUCAAAUAUUGACUUAUUCAUUGAUUUUCUGAAGAAGCACCAGGAAUUAAAAUCAAGUGUUCAAGACAAAGAUGAUGGUAAGCUGGAUUCGGCGAAUGCUGUGACACAAAACGUUAUGCCAAACGAAUCGAAGUCAUUUGCACAAAUCUUCAUUCAAAACCUUUUGAAGAAUAUGAAAAAAUCAAGCAACAAUUACAAAUUUGACGAUACUAUCAAUAAAUUUGCAUCAGCACUACAUCUAUUAGCAGGACAUCAUGCUUACGAAUUCAUUCGUAUAAAUUUAUCUGGUGCUUUACCUUCAGCUACGACGAUAAAUAAACACAAUGAAUAUAUUGAUUUACGUUUACGUGAAUGUGAAUUUCGAUUUGAUUCACUGAAAAACUACUUAGAUUCCAUUGAUUCUAAUUUUGUAUUCUCGUCUGAAGAUUCAACUGGUGCAAUCAAGUCAAUAUCAUAUGAUUCUACGGAUGAUUGUUUUAUUGGUUUUUGUUCACCAUUGAUUAACGGUUUACCAUCGAUGAGUAAAUUUAAAACUGAGAAUUAUUAUGAAUUAGAGCAAUGGUCUAAACAUGUCAAUAGAUCAAGUUUAGUUAAUGCACAUUUAAUUGAACCUAUACAAACGAAAGCUUCAUCACAGGUGCACUCAAGGCCGUAUGUUCUUUCAGCUUAUGGAACUGACGACAAGGUCACUGCAUCAGACAUACUUCGACGUUGGUUGCAUAUAUACAACCAAUGUAAGGAACGAGAUAUUCAUGUAGUAGGCUUCUCGUCUGAUUGUGCACCAAAAUACUUGAAGGCUAUGCGGUUGGCAUUAAGAUUUUUUACUCGAGCACCAAAUAUUGAUCUGAUUACUGGAAAUGAAAUGCAUUUGAAUAUCGAUAUUCCACCAACGUGGAGCUUUUUUUUCAUGAACAAUAUUCAACCAUUUCUUUGUAUGCAAGAUGGAAUUCAUCUUAUAACGAAAAUUAGGAAUCGCUUGUUAUCGAGUACAGCGAAAUUGUGCAUGAAUGGUCACGAUAUCGGUGUAAAUUAUCUAUUGCAUAUUCUUGAAAACUAUUCCAAAAUUGAACAUAAUUUGGUUAAAACUGAUGUUAUACCUCAUGACAGACAGAAUUAUUCAUCAUGCGUAAAGAUAACAUCGGAUGAUGUAUUAAAUUUACUCAAUCAAAUAGAUGCCAAAGCUACUUAUGCAUAUUUAUAUGUAUUAAAAUUAUUAAUUCUUACUUAUGUUAAAUCAAAUACUAGUAUUAAGGACCGUUUACUUUUUGGUUGGACGGCUGUUUUCUUCUAUAGAAUGUGGUGGAGUAGUCUUCGAGUUAAUCAAGGUCUUUCUUCACAAGACAAAGACAAAGCUUUCAUUACAAAAUCUGCUUUUUACUCAGCAGAAAUAAACAUUCAUUGCUUGACAUCGAUAAUAAUAUUAGUAUCUACAGGACGAUUACCUCCUUAUUCACUGAAUACAUAUCUCUUUAGUAGCCAAGCAUGCGAAGCUACUUUUCGCACUGCGCGAUCGUUGACUGGCGUAUUCUCAUCAAUCACUAAUUUCUCGGUGCAUGAAUUCAUGAAUAAGAUUGAAAAAAUUUCAAUCUUAAAUCAUAUUAAAUCCUCAGAAGAAUCGAAUGAUACUACUUAUUCGCUGAAAUUUCCGGCUCAUCAUAAGCAUCGGCGAAACGAAGCAACUCGAUCUAUGAAUAGUCAAGAUGCAUUACCGUUAACAUUAGAUGAUAUCGAAAACAUUGUUGUCACAGCAUACCAUGAUGCUGAAUUGAUUAUGAAAGAUUUGAAGUUAACAGAAACAAUGAAAAAGCAUAAAUUAAAUGAUUUGAAUACACUGAAUUCGUUCGUUUUUACUCAAUUAACAAAGUGUUCUACAAUUGAUUAUUCUGCUGUGAGUAGUAUUGACGACGAAGACGAAGACUCAGAUGAUGAUGAUAGUAAUAAUAAUGAUAUUCUCACUGAUUAUUCUGAGAAUGAGCGCGAAUCAGAUGAGGAUUCUUCCGUAAAUGACAACCAAGGCUUAUAUCACUUGAUUGUAUCAAAACAAACGUUCCACGGUAUGAAAAUUUACGAUGUUAUUAAUCCAGCAAAAGCGAAUCACUAUUUCAAGAUUUUCAGUAAGGAUAAACCAAAAUAUACACCCUCAGGUAACUAUCCGGAAUAA